AUGUCGGAGACCAUCUCGAAAGUUUUGACCAUCACUGCUGGCACAUUGUACCCCGCAUAUAGAAGUUAUAAGGCAGUUCGCACAAAAGAUACACGAGAAUACGUGAAAUGGAUGAUGUACUGGAUAGUGUUCGCAUUGUACUCGUUUUGCGAGAACAUUCUCGAUCUCCUGCUCGCCUUCUGGUUUCCAUUCUACUAUCAAUUCAAAAUCAUUUUCAUUUUUUGGCUUCUCAGCCCCUGGACAAAAGGAGCAUCAAUUUUGUACCGAAAGUGGGUUCAUCCGACUUUGAAUCGCCAUGAGAAGGAUAUCGAUGCGAUGUUGGAUGCGGCCAAAUCGGAAAGCUAUAAUCAAAUUGUGCGAAUUGGCAGCAGAAGCUUGGUAUUUGCGAAAGAUAUUGUCGCGGAGGCGGCGGUUCGCGGACAGCAACAAAUUGUCAAUCAGCUUCAAAGAUCCUACAGCGCGAAUGACGUGAAUUCUGAGCGCGAGCCGCUUCGCAGCAAAGUCAAAGUUGACAAUGGAAUCGAGGAAGUCGACGAGAGCAUGGCGAGCGAUGGCGAGCAGCACGAUGAGCCGAAACCGUAUCGUCGCAAGACCCGUUCGAGAUCGCGCUCGCGCAACCUUGAAGGCGGCGAGAAUGUCUACGAAUCAUCGACGAUUCCGCGUAGAGCUCCGAGAAGAUUCUAA